GGUCGUGUGGGUGUGCGCAUGCGUGCCCGGUGAGGUGCCUUGGAAGUCAGCUGGGACCGAGCGGGGAGCGGAGCGGCCGGCCAUGCUUCGGGGGCUUUUGGGGGCGCCGCGCCUGGGGCGGACAGCGGUCUCAUUCAGGUUUCAGAGUACCCUGGUGAUAGCCGAACACACAAACGAGGCUCUUACGCCAAUUACAUUAAAUGCCAUCACUGCUGCAAAACGGGUUGGAGGCGAAGUGUCAUGUUUGGUAGCUGGUACCAACUGUGAAAAGGUAGCUCAGGAGCUCAGCAAAAUCCAAGGGGUUGCCAAAGUUCUUCUCGCCCAGCAUGAUCUCUACAAAGGACUUUUGCCCGAGGAGCUGACUCCGCUGAUCUUGGCAGCUCAGAAGCAGUUUAAUUACACGCACAUCUGUGCUGGAGCAUCUGCCUUUGGGAAGAGUCUUCUUCCCAGACUGGCAGCGAAACUUGACGUGGCUCCUGUUUCUGAUAUAAUCAAGAUCAAGUCACCUGACACGUUCGUGAGGACUAUUUAUGCAGGAAAUGCCUUGUGUACCGUAAAGUGUGAAGAGAAGGUAAAGGUGUUCUCUGUCCGAGGCACAUCCUUCGAGGCAGCACCUGUCAGUGGCGGCAGCGGAAGUUUAGAAAAACUGUCAGCACCUUCACCAGUUGGCCAGUCUGAAUGGGUUGGGCAAAGCCUAACAAAAAGCGAUCGUCCGGAACUGACUAGUGCAAAAAUUGUUAUAUCAGGGGGACGAGGCUUGAAGAGUGGAGAAAAUUUUAAGUUGUUGUAUGAUCUUGCAGAUCAAUUGCACGCAGCAGUUGGAGCCUCUCGUGCAGCUGUCGAUGCAGGCUUUGUUCCCAACGAUAUGCAGGUUGGACAGACAGGCAAAAUUGUAGCACCCGAACUGUAUAUUGCUGUUGGGAUAUCUGGAGCGAUCCAACAUCUAGCAGGAAUGAAAGACAGUAAGACUAUCGUAGCCAUCAACAAGGAUCCCGAAGCACCGAUAUUUCAGGUCGCAGACUACGGGUUGGUAGCAGACUUAUUUAAAGUGGUUCCUGAGUUGACAGCAGCACUGAAGAAGUGAAAUUCGAGCUGCCUUGUUCAGAGAAGAAAGUAAAAUUCUCCUAAAUUAUCGUUUACCAAAACUGAAACAAUAAUUUACAGUUCAGUCAAUUGCCAAAAUUUAUGUUCUGGAUUAUGUUUAAAUGCCUUGUAAUAUACUGAUCUGCCUUUUUUUCUGGUUUCCAUUUGGCUACAAACUAUUUUCUUGAAGAUUUUUCUAAUUCUGUAAUAAAAUAUACAACUGACAUGA